AUGGCUUCGUCCAGCUCCUCCAGCACCUCAGGCGGCCCCAUCGCCAGAGGAUCUCGAAGGAGGAGGCUCGUUCUGAAGCUGAGCCAGAAGGACACCCUGCAAGCGCUCUUUCAACAGAACCCCUACCCUGGGAUAGCGACCAGAGAACGACUGGCCCGAGAGCUUGGCAUUGCCGAAAGCAGAGUUCAGGUCUGGUUUCAGAACCAACGAAGAAGACGGUUAAAGCAGAGCCGAUCGCCGUCUGCAAAUAUGCGCCAAGACGGGGAAGGGGCGCCAGGAGAGGCCAGGAGAAAGAGGACAGCCAUCUCUCCUUCUCAAACAAGGAUCCUUGUGCAAGCCUUCACGAGGGAUCGCUUUCCAGGGAUUGCCGCCAGGGAAGAACUGGCUCGUCAGACGGGAAUCCCAGAACCUCGAAUCCAGAUAUGGUUUCAAAACCGAAGAGCUCGGCACCCCCAGCAGAGCGCAAGGGGGCCUGGCAAUGCGCCUUCCCCGGGGGCUGCUGCGGAUGCAGGAGCACACCCUGCCCUCCCAGGCACAGCCAGCAUCCUAGAAGAGUUCGUGGAGGCCACAGGCAUCCCGGACACGCAGGCGCCUUCCCCGGGGGCUGCUGCAGAUUCAGAAAUAUGGUUUCAAAACCGAAGAGCUCGGCACCCCCAGCAGAGCGCAAGGGGGCCUGGCAAUGUCCGGGCCCGAGGACCAGGCGGCGCAUCGGCCACGACCGCUCCUGCUCCAGAGGACCGAAGGGCCCCACCCGCUGUCCACAGCACCUCUCCUCCCCUUGGCCCCUCUCAGACACAGGAGAGCAUGCCACCCUUGGCUGCAGCCGCUCCUUUGGGCGCCCCCACCUUCUGGGUGCCCGGGACUGCCUCUGGGGUCUGUGUGGGCCAGCCGUUGAUGUUCUUCGUGAUCCAGCCCAGCCCGAUGGCUCUCCAGCCAAGUGAGAAGCCACCACCUCCUCCCCAGGCACCCCUCAGAGAGGAGGAUUACCAGGCACUCCUGGACAUGCUGCCAGGCUCCCCAGGCCCUCGGGCUUAG